AUGACGGAAAAAUUACCCGACGAGAUAACGAAAUCGGGUUUUCGUCGAAAGGUGUGGGAUUAUAUGGCAAAGAAUGAAUUGGUAAACUUUCCCGUUAACAUAUAGAAACGAAUCCCAAACUUCAAGGGUGCUGCGGAGGCAGCACAGCGAUUGACUGAAUUGGAUGAAUUUAAGAAGGCAAAAACUAUAAAAAUAAAUCCAGACAAACCACAAGAACCAGUACGAUUUUUAGCUCUAGAGGCCAACAAAGAAAUUAUUGUGCCUAUUCCCAGGUUAAGAUCUGGCUUAUUUCUGCAUGUUAUACCAGUCGCUGGUGCAACAAAGGAACAACUAAAAACAUUGGCUUCUAUGCGUGGCCUAGAGCAAGCAGGUAAACCACUUGGACUCGAUUCCAAUAUUAAGGUAGAUCUCAUUGUGUUGGGAUCUGUAUGCGUCAGUCGAGAUGGAUGCAGGCUUGGCAAAGGAGAAGGGUUUGCGGAUCUCGAAUUUGCAAUGAUGAUGAGAAUGGGCACAAUAACAGAAAACACAAUCGUUAUCACGACAGUGCACGAUUGCCAAAUCAUAGAUUAUUUACCGCCACAAUUGUUUAAAGAAUAUGACGUGCCGGUGGAUAUAAUUGUUACACCGACACAGACUAUAUUCGUGAAGCCGAGAUUAAAGAAACCAUCUGGCAUACUGUGGCAUAUGCUCAGUGAAAGAAAACUCAAAACCAUGCAGGUAUUACAGCAGCUCAAAGAGAUGGAUGAAAAAGAUGGCAAGAUGGUAACUCUGAAGGAAGUUGAUUCUGAUAUUGAGACGCAUCGAUAUAUAAAAAAUCGCGUUAAAUAUCCGAAAAACAAGAAACGUCUCAAUGUAAAAAAGGAUGUAUCUAAUGUGGAAAAUUCUACUGUGGAAAGUGCCAAAGAUAAAAUUCUUAAGCCACGUUUCCCACGAAAACGUACUUAUAAGAAAGCGAAAACUGAAGAGGAGAAUAAUCUUUCUAAUGCUGAAACGAAAAUGGAAAACAUCAAGAGUGUCCCCCGACGACGAAAGAAUCUCCGUGCCAAAACGAAAGCGCAUAUCGACUUCUCUUUAAAGCUGUCGAACAUCUCGUCCGGCGUGAGAGUCCGAGAUUUGAAAAAUGCUCUGUUGGAGCGUGGCAUUAAGCCGAGUGAGAUAACUUGGCAAGGCUAUCGUGGCAUUUGUUAUCUUCACUUUAGCAAACUCAGAAGUGAGACUGCUUUACCGGAUCAGCCGUUUCAGGUAGACUCGAUCGUGGCGAAUUUACAGCAGCUUCGAAUUGGUGAGUUUAUGAAUAACGAGGAAGGCUUUAUACAUGUAGAACCCGCGAAACCGAUUUCUAGAAUCGAGAUUACUGAUGUGACAAGUGUUUAAAUGACAUUUAUUGGGAACUACAUAUAAUUACGUAGUUUCUUCAACGUUUACAUCGUUUCGAUGUCGGAUAUAUAUGUAUAUCUUCUCUAAAAUUAA